AUGGCUUUUCGCGUUCCAUCCUCGGUUGCAUCCAGAGCAGGAAUAUUUCAAAAUAUCUACCGCCUUGUUUUCAAUCCACUUAGCAGCAUAACUCGCUCCAUCUCCGUGGAUUCGCGCUACUUUAUUCAAGGCACUGCAGAAGACAUCCAACUUUCGCGACCGGUACAGCUUGCGAGACGUAAAUAUCUCCCUGGCUCGUUCGCUUCUGGCUUCCCUGAGCAACUCUCUAGUCCCAAGGAAGGCUUUCCUCUCGUUUUGAAAGCAAGAAACAACGGCGAAUUGGAUGGAAAGGGAAUUCAAUUUUGGUCCGAAUGUUUCAAAGAGCAGCUUUCAGGACUGUACGAAAAUUUUCGAAAUGGUGGCGCGCCGGUUGCUGUUCUUAUUCGUGGCUUGCCUAUUAAAACCAGCAAUGAUUCCUCUCGUUUCAUAGAAGGAUUGGGUUUCGAGUUCUUUUCGUACAAAGGAGGCAGCGGGAUUCGUAAACAAGUCGAUGACUUUGUAUUAAGUGGAGCUCUCGAUGCCCCUGAGUACUCGGUCGAGUUGCACAAUGAUAUGUCGUAUAGCACAGUUUUCCCAACCAAAUUCGUUAUAACGUGUUUAAAAAAGUCGAAAUUUGGAGGUGAGACAGGUAUAUGUAAUGGCCGAGAGCUGACUUCGAAUCUAGACGCUGAUCUAAAGGCGAAAUUUGAACGGAAAGGCAUCCGGUAG